UGGCAUCCCCUUUGCUUUCUUUCUUUUUCCACGGCUGAAUCCAUCGUGGAAUGGCAUGGGGGCACGUCCAACAAAAGGCAAGACGCUGGCUGCGGGUGAGAAAUACCAUCGCACGAGAAUGCCUGGCGGAGUUCCUUGGGGUGUUUGUGCUGCUACUGAUCACCGUGGCAGCUACAGCUCAGGGAGUCACCAGCCAGAACACCAAAGGAAAUUUCUUCUGCAUGUACCUGGCGGGGGCAAUAGCGGUGAUCAUGGCCAUUUAUGUAUCUGGCGGUGUCUCAGGAGGGCACUUGAAUCCAGCGUACACACUCGGCCUAUGUGCCCUUGGCCGAUUCCCAUGGACAAAGCUGCCCCUCUACGCUCUAAUCCAGCUGGUGGGCUCAUUUACAGGAGCGGCCGCAGUAUUCGCUUUAUAUUAUGACGCCAUCCAAGAUUACACAAAUGGUAACCUAACAGUCUACGGACCCAGGGAGACAGCUUCAAUAUUCUCUUCAUAUCCAGCCCCAUAUCUCAGCCUCAGCAAUGGUUUUCUGGACCAGGUGAUGGGAACAUCAAUGCUAAUGAUAGGAAUUCUAGCAAUCGUGGAUGCACGAAAUAAGCCAGUUCCAAAGGGUCUAGAACCUGUUGUGGUUGGCAUGCUGGUCUUUUCCAUUGGUCUUUCAAUGGGUUCCAACUGUGGUUAUCCAAUCAACCCCACUCGUGACUUAGGUCCACGGCUUUUCACCUAUGUGGCAGGAUGGGGGUCAGAAGUGUUCAGAGCUGGUAACUACUGGUGGUGGAUCCCUGUUGUGGCACCUUGUGUGGGAGCACUUUUGGGUUCUUUCCUAUAUCAGAUUUUUGUGGAGUUCCACCACCCUGUGUCUGAAAAUGAAGAAGAAGCUUUAGAGGUGGAUGCCUUACCAGAGAACAAGAAGGAAAAUCCGGUGUACACCAUAAACAUGGACUAUUCACUGUCCCAUCGACUGUGAGGGUAAAGCCACCAGCCAUUGUGCCACGUGAAAGACAACACAGAUCUUGGCUGUCGUGGAAGGAGGUGGAGUGAAUAUAGAGUCAGAGUCUGAUUGACCCUAGACAUAUUGGAACUCGUGCUUAUUGUUUGUUUCCACAGGACUUGUCACAAUCAUCCAUAACAGGGCCAUCUUACCAACAUUAUAGGCCCCCUGGCAAAGCAGUGCACUGAUUCCUUACCUACACAACCACUCGCAAAAAAUAAAAAUGUUAAUUAUUGCUAAAAUGAAGCUUAUAUUUAUUGGUACCUUCAACAAAAUCAGUGUUUAAACAUUAGAGAACAUGAUGUACAGCAGAAAUUAAUCCACGUAAACAUUUAAUAGGUAGCAGAGGGAGGCAACAGUCAUGGUCUGUCAAAAAUAUUCGAAGAACUUUAUUAUAGGUUUAUGACUUCAACAAAUUGUGUGUUGAUU